AUGUUUUCCUUAGCAGAAUCGUAGGAAUAAUGGAAAAUUAUAAGUUCUGAUACUAGUUAAUAAUAUUUUAAAAUUAGAUUUGAAUGCAUAUACUUAUUAUGGUGGUCCACAUAGCUUAUGUGGAGAAACACUAUUAAUAGGAGGAGUUUCAGUUUUUGGAUAGUAUACCAUAAUUUCUACAUAAUAUACACUUCCACCUCAUUAUUCUUUAAAAAUAACUCUAAAUUUUUGGAAGUAUUAUAUUUAUUGAAAUUUUGAAUUGAUAGUUGGGAAAAUGAGACUAUGAUAAUAGUAUUUGAUAAUGAUGUUACUUAAAGGUCAUUUUCUGGACUUGAAGGAAUGUAAAUAUGUGGUGAAAUGAGUAAUAUUGAUUCUUUAGAUGAAAAUAUUAUGUUUAAUAUUAGCUUAGCAAAUCACAAUUCCUAAUCUUUAGUUCUCAUAAUGACUUCGACCUUAGAUGAACCUGCUAUUAAUGUAAUAAAUUUAAUAAUUUUAGGAAUCAUGGGGAGUUUCAGGUAUAAGAAUCGAAAUUUAAGAAUGCGCUAAGGAUUGUGUAUUCUGUACAGAUAAUACAUCAUUAUGUUCUAUUUGGAUGAGGGUUGCAUCAUAUUGGAAUACUACAUUAAUUACUUCUGAUGGAUGGCAGAUGAAUAAUAAUUAACCACUUACAAUAAGUGAAUGUGUUGGUAUUAAAAUUGUUGGUGGAUUUAAUUUACAAAAAGGAUCUAAAAUAUAUAAAAUAAUAGAAUCUAUACCAUCUCAUUAUAAAAUUAAAAUAUUGUUCAAAUUAUGGACAAUAGGUGAAUGGCAAAAUGAAUAAUUUAUUAUAAUGAUCGAUGAUAAACCUAUCUUUUAAAUCCCAAUUCUUUCUGACAAUUUUAUAUUUAGCAAAUGUUAAUCAUAGAAAGUUAAAAUUACUAAUAUUGAUACACUCUUAUUCAAUUAAGCAAAGACAAUUAAUUUAUCUAUGAAAACUGAAAAUUUAAUCAAUGAUUUAGCAUAUUGGGGAGUUUAAUCUUUUGAUUUUUUUAUAGUUAAAUGUUCAAAUGGAUGGAUACUUAUAGAUAUUGGUUGUAUUCGUAAAUAUAUUAUUUAUUUAAUAAGCUUCUCCUUUAGAAUGCUCACAAGUUCGAAUUACUCAAUAUUUUAAUUAAUAAAUAGAUUUAGUUGAUUCCAUGAAUUCAUUUAAAAUAUAAAGUGAUGAAAUAGCCCAAAUUAUUGAAGAUAUUGGUGAAAACUAAUUUAUUAUUGAUGAGGCUGUUUCCUCUAUUACUUUUUAAAUUUAAGUCAAAUGCUAGGAAAAAUAGAUAGUUAAAAGCUUUUUCAGAAAUUGUGAUUCAUGUAAUUAGGAAUAAUAUAAAUUUUCAAAUUAAUGCCGAAAUCAAAGCAAUACUUUAAUUUACUAUGCCACAUUUCUACAGAUUACAGAAUAUAAAAGAAUUAAUAAUAAAUAUUUCUUAAACUAAAUUAGAAAUACUUUAAGUAUNAAGUAUAGUCAAACCUUUAUAAUUUGA